UUGUCCCAAGUAUGGUAUUUCUUUUUAAUCAGGGUGUCACCCACCUUUUGUCCCCCUGAAAUAUUGGGGAGGGUUCCUGCUCCCCCCCCCACCCCCACCAGUUUCUUCUUUCCCUCCAUCCCAAGGCUCUACUGGGCUUGAAACCAAAGGGGAGGGGGCCGUCACCUGGGGGGUAGUCAAAUCAGGAUUUGCCGGGAGCGGGCUGGAAGUGGAUGAGGCCAAGCGGUCUGGGCCACCCCGAUCAGGCCUCGCCUCCCUAGAAACUCCCCGCUGCAGGAUGGGGGUGUCUCUGGGGGAGGCCGCCUCUUCCUAGAAGGGAUAUUUGGGGUGCACUUCAACUGUCCAUCGUCCUGUCGUUUGCCCCCUCCGAGCCAGCACUUCCUCUUGGGGAGCCCCUCUAUUUUUCUAUCCAGCUUUCACAUCCAUUAGCUCGUUUUCUGUUCUGGGAGACGCAGACGGGCGUCGCGAGCUCCAUUUGAAGGCUAAGGAGAUGGAGGCCCAGAGAGGUUGAAUGACUUGCCCAGGGUCCCACAGCAGGCCGUCGGGGAACUGAGACUACAGCCGGGAUGGAGCUCCACUGGGCGGGAUCGUGAGGCUCCCCCCCCGGCCCCGCAUCCGGUCCCCCGCGCCCCCCGACCCCGUGAGUAUGGACGAGUGGAAACCGAAUGCUCCGGGCAAACCGUACAACCUGCGGAAGAGGCGCGGCUGGUAUCUGGCCUGGAAAUACAAGCUAGGCAACCAGAGGAGCCUUCGGCGGCUGUGCCAGACAGGGGCCGUCCUCUUCCUGCUGGUGACGGUCAUUGUGAAUAUCAAACUAAUCCUGGACACCCGUCGGGCAGUCAGCGAGGAGGAGGAGGAAGAGCCGGGACAGGACUAUGAUGAAACCCUGCGGCGUCUGGACCCCCCUCACCGGCCGGCCGGGGCCCGUAAGGUGCUGGACGUGGAGGUGUACUCGAGCCGCUCCAAGGUGUACGUGGCCGUGGACGGGACCACGGUCUUGGAGGACGACGCCCGGGAGCAGGGCCGCGGGAUCCACGUCAUCGUGCUGAACCAGGCCACGGGCCACGUGAUGGCGAAGCGGGUGUUCGACACCUACUCUCCCCAUGAAGAUGAGGCCAUGGUCCUCUUCCUCAACAUGGUGGCCCAUGGCCGCGUCCUCAUCUUCACCAUCAAGGACGAAGGCUCCUUCCACCUCAAGGAGCCGGCCAAGGCCCUGCUGAGUAGCCUGGGGAGCCAGCUGGCUUCGGCCCUCAACUGGAGGGACAUGUGGGCAUUCGUGGGGAAGAAAGGAGGUGAUGUGUUUGGUGAAAAGCACUCCAGGUCUCCCGCACUGUCCACCUGGGGGGACCCGGUCCUGCUGAAGACCCAGGUCCAGCUGACCGCGGUGGAAGAUGCCGAGUGCCACUGGCCUGACACGGAGCUGAACCGGCGAAGGAAGCGGUUCUGCGGUAAGGUGGAGGGCUACGGCAGCGUGUGCAGCUGCAGGGAUCCCACCCCUAUCGAGUUCAACCCCGAGCCGCUCCAAGGCAAUCAAGUCGCGAACGUGCCCGUGGCCGUCAUCGCGGGGAACCGUCCGAAUUACCUGUACCGGAUGCUGCGGUCUCUGCUCUCGGUGCAGGGGGUCACCCCGCAGAUGAUCACGGUCUUCAUUGAUGGCUACUACGAGGAGCCGAUGGACGUGGUGGCCCUGUUUGGCCUCAGGGGGAUCCAGCACACGCCCAUCAGCAUCAAGAACGCCCGGGUCUCCCAGCACUACAAGGCCAGUCUGACAGCCACCUUUAACCUGCAUCCGGAUGCCAAGUUCGCCGUGGUUUUGGAAGAAGACUUGGACAUCGCGGUGGACUUCUUCAGCUUCCUCAGCCAGUCCAUCCACCUGCUGGAGGAGGACGACAGCCUCUACUGCAUCUCGGCCUGGAAUGACCAGGGCUAUGAGCACACGGCGGAGGACCCGGCCCUCCUGUACCGCGUGGAGACCAUGCCCGGCCUGGGCUGGGUGCUCAGGAGAUCCCUCUACAAGGAAGAGCUGGAGCCCAAGUGGCCCACGCCCGAGAAGCUGUGGGACUGGGACAUGUGGAUGCGGAUGCCAGAGCAGCGCCGAGGUCGCGAGUGCAUAAUCCCCGACGUCUCCCGCUCCUACCACUUCGGCAUCGUGGGGCUCAACAUGAACGGCUACUUCCACGAAGCCUACUUCAAGAAGCACAAGUUCAACACCGUCCCCAGGGUCCAGCUGAAAAACGUGGAGAGCCUGAAGCAGGAGGCCUACGAAGUGGAGGUUCACCGACUGCUCAGCGAGGCUGAAGUCCUGGACCACAGCAAGAACCCCUGCGAGGACUCCUUCCUGCCCGACACCGAGGGCCGCACCUACGUCGCCUACAUCCGCAUGGAGCAGGAAGCCGAUUUCUCCACAUGGACGCAGCUCGCCAAGUGCCUCCACAUCUGGGACCUGGACGUGCGGGGGAACCACAAGGGGCUGUGGCGGCUCUUCCGGAAAAAGAAUCACUUCCUGGUGGUGGGGGUUCCGGCCUCCCCGUACUCGGUGAAGAAGCCCCCGUCCGUCACCCCCAUUUACCUCGAGCCGCCCCCGAAGGAGGAGGCCGGAGCCGCGGAGCAGUCGUGAGGAGCAGGGCCGCCAUGAGCCUGGGGGCGGGGG